UCUGUCUAUUGUGUUUAUCUUGAGCUCCACAGUUGUCUCGUGAAUGGAUACCGGAUUAUCGUUUAAGGUUGUUAUUACCCCUCUCUCGGACAUGGACUGGAAAACAUCGUAAAUAAUAGUCUGCUGUGCACACAGAGGAAGAUGAACAAAGGCUGGCUGGAGCUGGAGAGUGAUCCAGGACUCUUCACUUUGCUGGUUGAAGAUUUUGGGGUCAAGGGUGUCCAAGUAGAGGAAAUCUAUGAUCUGCAAAGCAAGUGUCCAAGUCCUGUCUAUGGCUUCAUCUUCUUGUUCAAGUGGAUUGAGGAACGUCGAUCCAGGAGGAAAGUUAACACUUUGGUGGAUGAGACCUCUGUCAUUGACGAGGACAUUGUGAAUGAUAUGUUCUUUGCUCACCAGCUGAUACCAAAUUCAUGUGCCACCCACGCUUUGUUGAGCGUGCUUCUGAACUGCAGUGGCGUUGAGCUCGGCACCACCAUUAGUCGCAUGAAGGCUUUCACCAAAGGCUUUAGUCCAGAGAGUAAAGGCUACGCAAUUGGAAAUGCCCCAGAGCUUGCCAGAGCACAUAACAGCCAUGCCAGACCGGAGCCCAGGCACUUACCGGAGAAACAGAAUGGGAUCAGUGCAGUGCGGACCAUGGAGGCCUUCCACUUCGUUAGCUAUGUGCCCAUCAAAGACCGCCUCUUUGAGCUUGAUGGACUAAAAGCUUACCCCAUUGAUCACGGGCCCUGGGGAGAGGAGGAGGAAUGGACCGAUAAAGCUCGGCGGGUCAUCAUGGAGAGGAUUGGACUGGCCACUGCCGGUGAGCCGUACCAUGACAUUCGCUUCAACCUGAUGGCAGUGGUGCCUGACCGCAGGAUGAAGUACGAGUCCAAACUUGAAAUUCUUAAGAGGAAUCGACAGACUGUUCUGGAGGGUCUGCAGAAGAUGAUCCGGCUCAAUCAGCCUGAUCUUGCACAAGACAAGAAGCAGCAGGACGACGAUGGCACCGCUGCGAUCAAGAAAGAGUCAGAUGCAGAGCCAGUAACAUCCCAGGGGGCUGAUCCGGAUUCAGUUAAUGAGUCUGGAGCUCGGUCUAAAGAUGCUGCUAACCCUUCAGGAACCGCUAAGGUCAUGGGUAAACCUGCAGCCCCCUCAGGAGGAGGGGUCACCAGUCCCAACCCCGUCGCUCAGCGGCUGCCGGCCUUCCUGGACAACCACAACUAUGCCAAGUCUCCAAUGCAGGUGAGAGGACGGGAGUUUAGACGGAAGGCAAGUCUGCGAUCACGACCAGUACGGGUAGUCACUGGGAUGGAGAGCCAGAUUGCCCUCACUGUAUUAGCUGAGAAACUGAAGAAGGAGGUCCAAAGGAAGGAUGCCCUUAACACACCCCUGUCUGUCCGCACAGAAGGGCGCACAGGGGGCAUUUGCAUCACAUCUGCUUCACAGCCGUCCCCCACACCCAGCAACGAAAGCACUGACACGGCCUCUGAGAUUGGCAGCGCCUUCAACUCCCCGCUGCGCUCACCCGCUCGCUCCCAGGCUGCCACGCGCCCAUCAAGUCCAGUCGCAUCCCAUCUGUCUCGUGUGCUGUUCGGAGAAGAUGAGAUGCUGAGGCUAGACUCCAGACACAACCGCGCUGUGAGAGAGCUGGGUCCCUCUGUCAGCGCUGCUCUGCUACAGCUGCAGGAGGACGGAGUCAUCUUCGCUCUCCCUCCAUCUGCAGAUCUGGCUUCUGAUGGAACAAAGCGGCCUUGCACCCCUGAGAAGAUAAAAGACAAAGUAAAAGCAGAGCUCUCAGCCGGAGACAAGGAAGGAGAUGAGGGAUCGUCUGUGGUGGUGAAGGAAGAGGGGAGCAAAGAUGGAGCAGAUGUAAAGCCUAGCAAGGAGAAGCUCAACGCUGCGGAAAUAGCUGCAGACAGCAAGCCCCCUGGGGAUAAGUACUCUCCUAAAGAGUUGCUUGCACUGCUCAAGUGUGUGGAGGCUGACAUUGCCAACUAUGAGGUAUAUCUAAAGGAGGAAGUAGAAAAGAGAAAGAAAUACAAAAUUGAUGAUCAAAGGAGGACCCAUAAUUACGAUGAGUUCAUCUGCACCUUUAUAUCAAUGCUGGCCCAAGAAGGCAUGUUGGCCAGCCUUGUGGAGCAAAACAUCUCUGUGCGUCGACGGCAGGGAGUGAGUAUUGGCCGCUUGCACAAACAGAGGAAGCCUGAUCGCAGGAAACGCUCCCGACCGUACAAAGCCAAGCGCCAAUAACUACAAACAAUCAUAACUUCUAUAAGAAAUUUUCUCUGUGAGCAAUCACCCCAGAGAAAAUGAAAUUGUUGCCCUCCUGAAACUCUCAUAAAGGCCGUCUAGUGUUGUAUUUUAGCCAGAACCUCAUCUUCUUCAUCAAAUCGACCAUGUUACCAAGGUCAGUUAUUUUAUAAUUUAUGUAUAUACUGUAUGUACUACCAUUUUAAUCUCAAUGUAAAUGUUCUUCUUCUUGUGCCACUGCUUUUGACACUUGUAAAUAUGAUAAAAGGCAUGUUCCCAAUGGGGCAUCUGAAUGCUUUUUUAUCCAUUGUUAUUGGAAGAUGAUCUCCAAAGUCCUCAAAUCUGCACAACUUAUCAUUAUUACAAUUUGGUAAAAAAUAAGACGAUAUUUCCUAAACUUUAUGCCAUACUAGAUUUCUUUAUGGUGCCAAUAAUGUACUGAAUGUUUUGAAAGAAAAAGGCCAUGUGUUAUCCAUCCCUAGCAUUUCAGUUAUAAUGUCCUCCCUGUUGGUAAUUUACUAUACAACAUAAAAAGCAUAUUUUUUAUCACUUGUUUCAUGGAGAAUUUUUAAACUGAAGAAGACGUCAUGAUGCAUUAAGGUUUAUUCUUUUCAUCGGAAUGUCCUUUAAACUGAGGCUUUCUAGCCGUGUAUGAACAUCUCUAGAGGUCCUGUGAAUGAAAAAGAAGCUAUUGUUAUUUUUGUACCAGAAAUGGGAACUCAAAGUGAGUGAAUAGAAGUUGAAUGUGUGCACUUGUGUGUUUUUGUACAUAUGUAUCUGUUAAUUGGCUCACCUCUGAGGUCAGUUGUUCUUUGUGCUUGCGAGUUCAUACUAAAAUAAAGUCAACGAAAAUAUCUUGCUAUAAUCCAGAUUUCUUUUUUUGAAGUGAUAAUGACUACAAUGGUUGAAAUGUAUAUUUGUAGUGAAUGUAUUGUAGGAUUCCACCUAAUAGUAAAACAUGUCACUGUACAAAGAUAUAACUACAUUUAUCUAGGAGGUUAGCUAGACUAUAGCUUUAUUAAACCUGAGUAAAAUGUUUUAUUGUAGUGACAGUUGGUGUACACUAGGGAGAGCAGUCAUUCAGUGACCAUCAUUACGCUGUAAAGAGCCUUUCACAAUAAAAUUG